AUGAGUGCUCGCACACGACGUCAAAAAGCAGCCCUUGCGGCCGAGGAGAGCGACUCGCCUAGCAAUGGCUCCUCACCCUCCAAGCGCCCCCCUCCAAGAGGGCCAAGGUACUCUCGAGUCGUGUUGACUUUCGCCUCCCUAUAUUACAUGCCCCUCCAUCCUCGAACUUGCUCUUUCCUCUAUACCGUGUCUUGUCUGCUGGACGGGCUGGACGGUUAUGCCGCUCGCUACUUCAACCAAUCUACCACCUUUGGCGCUGUGCUGGACAUGGUCACCGACCGAUGCACCACCGCAUGUCUCCUGGUCUUCCUGAGCUCCGCCUGGCCCCGCUGGGCCAUCGUGUUCCAGGCUCUCAUCAGUUUGGAUAUGGCCAGCCACUACAUGCACAUGUACGCCACUUUGAGCAUGGGAGGUUCCAGCCAGAGCCACAAGAAGGUCGAUCCCACCCGUAGCUGGAUCAUGUACCAGUACUAUACCAACAAGGCCGUUCUGUUCGUCUGCUGUGCCCUGAACGAAGCAUUCUUCAUCGGCCUGUACCUGCUGUCCUUCUCAUCGCCCAUCCUGUCGCCCUCGCUCCUGCAGCCCGUCUCCGAUGGCUCAUCCGCCCAACCAGGCAACCCGGCCCACCCGGAGCCCGCCAGCCUCUUCUCCAGCCCCUGGAGCGCCGGUGCCCUCGAGAUGGCGCGCGCCAACAAGCUCGAGAGCACCUGGCCGUGGAUUAUCACCGGCAUUGCCUUCCCCGUCAUGGCGUUCAAGCAGUUCGUCAACGUCGUCCAGAUGGUGAACGCCAGCAAGUGGCUCGCCGAGGGAGACCUCGAGACCCGCCGCGCCAACCGCAAGAAAUAA